AUGUUUCACCAGGCAUGCCCAAAAGCAGCUCUGAGUAGCUCAUGGAGUCAAGGCGAGGGACAGAUUGCUUCCAAGCACGAAUCAGCUUUUGCAGUAGCAGGAGUUAUUGUAGGGCUGUGGUGCGACUAUCCAGAUUUGGGUGAUUUGAUUAUGGCUCAUUUCUACACCAGAUGUCCUUACCUGGUUCCCUAUUAUGUUCCUCAACAAGAGGGCCAAUCUGAGGAGGAUUAUUACAGGGCAUUGGGAUAUACAUAUACCGAUGGGGUCGUGGAAAACCAAGACAAGUUCCUGAAACGAAUGAGUGGCUUCAUGAGAUUGUACGCAGCCAUUCUCCAAACAUCACCACCACCAAGGUGCAAAAAGUCUAAUCCUCAUGGAAUUAAUCAUGGCUGGCAGUGGCUGGCCCAAGUUCUUAAUCUCGAACCAAGGCCAGAUAUUACUGCCACACUUUUGCUGGAUUUUCUAGAGUUUGCUGGACAUGCCAUGUUUAAAGCAUAUGGUCAACAGUUUCAAAAGCUGCUCCACAUUCUGUGUACAGGUUAUUUUCCAAAAAUCAAAAAAGUAACACCAACGGGAUCAAGUGGUCCGGUAUCUAGGUUAGAAGCUUUCCUUCAGAAUGCUAUUAAAUCUCGGAUUAUCCAACCUCCAGAUGGAGUGCUCAAGACAAAUUUUUGGUUUACCUCGUGAUAUUUUUGGUUCUGAACCCAGUGAAUUUGAACUACACAUCACGAUGUCGAAAAUGAUAUUUAUAUAGUAAUUUUUCUGUGUUUAAGGAAAGUUUCCCACUUAACAAAAAAAAUAAUAAAGUCUCAGUAAUGUUCGUUGUUGAAACAUCUGAUACAUACAUUUAUAUACGUUUUCACAUUAGUAUUACUUAAUUAUAACAGGUUUAUCCCUAGCAGACUCUACAAAUAACCUGACCUUUUUUUUAAAUCAAUUUUUACUUCUGUUCAGUAAUAAAAAGUAUUCCAUACCAUCAUUCAAUUUCCAGUAAUUUUUACCUAACUUUGUGUAUUUCGAAGUGAAAAUGGUAAACCUGUAUCCACUAACUGAAAACGUAAAAUAAAUCAAAUAAUUUUCUG